UUGAAAGUGGUUUGUGCCUCCGGAAAUUACGUUCGAAAGCUUGACCACUGACGCGAAAAAAAAUAAUGGAUAGAUUUUAGCUUUUAGAUCUCUUUUACUGGUUAUGGAUAUUAAUCAUUCUUUCUGGGUCGCUUGAGAGCGUUUUUUAGAUAGUGCGGUCUUAAUGUUAUAUUUACGUAGCCUACCGUUACAAUAGGCAAUUGGUAAAGAACACAGUAGGAGCGUUUAUUUUGAUAUCGCAUUGUGUCAGUCACAAAGAUGGAGGGGAAUCAAAUAUGUUCAAGAACGUCUAAAAUGGAUCGACUGAACGAAAGAGUGUCCAAGUUGCUGACAGUAGCCGUGAACGAAGUUCUUGAACUUGUGCGGGAGACUGUGUCGGAAUACCAGGAGAAAACCUCUCGAACGCAGAGGGAGAACGAGAGACUCAGGAAGAGAAUUCGCAACUCACUGCAGCGCGAUAGAGACGCAGGACAGUGUGCACAGCUGAGCCCAGCCCUGGACUGCACCUCUCCUGAGGAGCAACAGCAGCAAGACUGUGAGCCAGCAGCAGCAGCAGCAGCAUCAGAAUCGGACCUCACCAAGGACGAGCUGGAGCUAACCAAAGUCUACGCCAGUGCGAGGGAGAGGAGCGGGGAGGUAUACCAUGCGGCGGAACGGAAUCAUUCCCCUCGGCGGGCGCUCACAGAAACGGCUGGGCAGGAACACGCACCACACGCGCUCGUGAAACUUGAACAGAAACACUCGGCACAGGCGCCAGCGGACUGUGACCCCAGUGUGACCCUGACGCCUGCUGGGGAUGGGGCGACCUGUAAACCUGGCUCUGCUCUCACCAGCGCCAACCGAUCGCUGUGUGUGGCCAACAAGACGAACACCAGGUCAAACAGCACAGGGUUGACCGCGCACAGCCCCACCUGCAGCAUCCAAAUCUCAAACAUAUAUUCUUUGCGGCAAAGCAACAGCCGUGCGGGACGGAGCUCAACCCAGUCACCUCUGCCUACUCAAGAGGGCUCCAUCAAGACAGAGCCAGCGACUAAAGCCAUUACAAACCACAAGGAGGCACAGUGUGGCAGCUUUGGCCUCCCUGACGAAAUGCGCUCACUGCAUAGCAGCUUAUCCACUGAUGCCCAUUCUUUACACUUGAACAACCUCAAAGCUCCUGUGACUCUAGCCACUUCCCCUGAUCACCACCAGGGGGCGAUGGAAGACGACUUUGGCUUGAUGGCUGACCUGAGUUCCACCCAGUCGCAACCAUCCACCUCCCAGUCGCACAGCAGCUUCCACUUUGCCUCCAACAACAAUAACAGCAGGUUCCAGGUUCCAGUUCCACAGCAGAUGGUUCCGAGUUCUGAUGUCUGGAUAGAGGGUUCUCCCCAGCCGACUCACAGCGCCCCCUCUGGCGAGAGCUACGUGUGCGUGGUGUGCGGCGAGACGUACGGCAGCCUGGUGGAGCUGCGCGUGCACGAGCGUGGCCACCCGGGCUCCAAGCAGCACGUGUGCACGCUGUGCGGACGCUCGUUCGGCGGCUCAGGCGACCUGAACAAGCACCUGCGCGUGCACACUGGCGAGAAGCCCUACCACUGCGGCUACUGCGGCAAGAGCUUCCGGCGCGCCGACCACCUGCGCACGCACGUGCGCGUCCACACGGGCGAGAAGCCGUACGUGUGCGCUGUCUGCGGCCAGAGUUUCAGCGUCAACAGCUCGCUGCAGAAACACAAGCUCAGGCACACCGGGGAAAAGCCGUGCGAAUGCCGCGUGUGCGGGAAGAUGUUCAGACUCUCUUCUCAGCUGAAGAGGCAUGAGCUCACACACCACCGCAGGCAUUUCAGUAUGUCCAAGAUUGAAAGAUUGAAUGCACGGGUUUCUAAACUGCUGACCGCAGCAGUCCACGAGGUGAUGGAGGUAGUAAAGGAUACGGUGUUGGAGUACCAAGAAAAAACCGCUCGAACUCAGAGGGAGAACGAGAGACUUCGGAAGAAACUCGAGGAACUACAACAAUGGUUUGAUCGAGAACUGUCACGGGUGUCCAGAGCAAAUCCUCCAUUGCAGGCUAGCCAAUCAGAGCAGUCCAAAUGCUCAUGUAAACAACUACAGUCCUCCAAGGCAUCAGGCAAGCCAGAGCUGACGGUGGAGUCCAGAGUGACUUCUGCAGAUGAGGUGAAACAUCAUCUGGAGUUAAAGGUAGAAUCCAUCAUCAGCGUUGAGCAGGUGUUUACAAACUGCAGUGAAGUGGCUCCUUCAUGUGUCACCGUGGUGGAUACAGAAAGUGACAGCUCUGCUCACUCGCAGUCUGAGAACUCAAAGGACAUCUCAGCACAUGCUGAAAGUGUAGUGUUCCCCAAUGGACGCUCGUCACUGGCUAACUCCACCUCACCCACUCAGCAAGGGAUGCCAGCCGACGUCAAUAUCAUCAAAGCGGAGCCCGACCUUCUGGAAUAUUCCCUCUCCCAGCAACCCGUGCCUUCACACCAGCUUUACGACCACGAGGAACCCACCCCAGAUUAUGCCCUCAACGCAGCACAGAACGAUGUCCAGGAGUUAAAUCUCUUGCAGCACAGCUCUGAUACUUCAGAAGUGGCACACUACAUUCAUUCUGACACAUUCAAUGCCUUUGUGGAGUCGUUCCCCCUCAAUCAGGCCCAGCAACAGCAGCAGCAACAGCAGCAGCAGCAGCAUCGGCGUUUCACUGGUCGAGAGAAGAGCCACCGCUGCUUGCUCUGCGGCAAGACCUUCAGCCAGCUGAGCAACCUGCGCAUCCACCAGCGCUGCCACACGGGCGAGAAGCCGUACACGUGUGGCCACUGCGGCCGGCGCUUCAGCCACGGCGGGAACCUGCAGAAGCACAAGCGUGUGCACACCGGCGAGCGGCCGUUCAGCGUGCAAGACCCGGAAAUGACCAAGAUUGAAAGACUGAAUGCACGGGUUUCUAAACUGCUGACCGCAGCAGUCCACGAGGUGCUGGAGGUAGUAAAGGAUACGGUGUCGGAGUACCAAGAAAAAACCGCUCGAACUCAGAGGGAGAACGAGAGACUUCGGAAGAAACUCGAGGAACUACAACAAUGGUUUGAUCGAGAAUUGUCACGGGUGUCCAGAGCAAAUCCUCCAUUGCAGGCUAGCCAAUCAGAGCAGUCCAAAUGCUCAUGUAAACAACUACAGUCCUCCAAGGCAUCAUGCAAGCCAGAGCUGACGGUGGAGUCCAGAGCGACUUCUGCAGAUGAGGUGAAACAUCAUCUGGAGUUAAAGGUAGAAUCCACCUUCAGCGUUGAGCAGGUGUUUACAAACUGCAGUGAAGUGGCUCCUUCAUGUGUCACCGUGGUGGAUACAGAAAGUGACAGCUCUGCUCACUCACAGUCUGAGAACUCAAAGGACACCUCAGCACAUGCAGAAAGUGUAGUGUUCUCCAAUGGACGCUCAUCACUGGCUAACUCCACCUCACCCACUCAGCAAGGGAUGCCAGCCGACGUCAAUAUCAUCAAAGCGGAGCCCGACCUUCUGGAAUAUUCCCUCUCCCAGCAACCCGUGCCUCCACACCAGCUGUACGACCACGAGGAACCCACCCCAGAUUAUGCCCUCAACGCAGCACAGAACGAUGUACAGGAGUUAGAUCUCCUGCAGCACAGCUCUGAUGCUUCAGAAGUGCCAAACUACAUUCAUUCUGACACAUUCAAUGCCUUUGUGGAGUCGUUCCCCCUCAAUCAGGCCCAGCAACAGCAGCAGCAGCAGCAGCAGCAGCAGCAGCGUUUCUCUGGCCGAGAGGAGAGCCACCGCUGCCUGCUGUGCGGCAAGACCUUCAGCCGGCUGAGUGGCCUUCGCAUCCACCAGCGCUGCCACACGGGCGAGAAGCCGUACACGUGUGGCCACUGCGGCCGGCGCUUCAGCCAUGCGGGGGACUUGCACAAGCAUAAACGUGUGCACACCGGCGAGCGCCCCUGUCGUGUAUCGUUUCCUACUCCUCCUUUCAUGAAGAUGACCAAGAUUGAAAGACUGAAUGCACGGGUUUCUAAACUGCUGACCGCAGCAGUCCACGAGGUGCUGGAGGUGGUAAAGGAUACGGUGUCGGAGUACCAAGAAAAAACCGCUCGAACUCAGAGGGAGAACGAGAGACUAAGGAAGAAACUCGAGGGACUACAACAAUGGUUUGAUCGAGAACUGGCACGGGUGUCCAGAGCAUGUCCUCCAUUGCAGGCUAGCCAAUCAGAGCAGUCCAAAUGCUCAUGUAAACAACUACCAUCCUCUGAGGCAUCAGGCAAGCCAGAGCUGGAGUCCAGAGCGACUUCUGCAGAUGAAGUGAAGAAUCAUCUGGACUCAAAGGUAGAAUCCAACUUCAGCGUUGAGCAGGUGUUUACAAACUGCAGUGAAGUGGCUCCUUCAUGUGUCACCGUGGUGGAUACAGAAAGUGACAGCUCUGCUCACUCACAGUCUGAGAACUCAAAGGACACCUCAGCACAUGCAGAAAGUGUAGUGUUCUCCAAUGGACGCUCAUCAGUGGCUAACUCCACCUCACCCACUCAGCAAGGGAUGCCAGCCGACAUCAAUAUCAUCAAAGCGGAGCCCGACCUUCUGGAAUAUUCCCUCUCUCAGCAACCCGUGCCUCCACACCAGCUUUACGACCACGAGGAACCCAGCCCAGAUUAUGCCCUCAACGCAGCACAGAACGAUGUCCAGGAGUUAGAUCUCUUGCAGCACAGCUCUGAUACUUUAGAAGUGGCACACUACAUUCAUUCUGACACAUUCACUGCCUUUGUGGAGUCGUUCCCCCUCAAUCAGGCCCAGCAACAGCAGCAGCAGCAGCAGCAGCAGCAGCGUUUCUCUUGCCGAGAGGAGAGCCACCGCUGCCUGCUCUGCGGCAAGACCUUCAGUCGGCUGAGUGGCCUUCGCAUCCACCAGCGCUGCCACACAGGCGAGAAGCCGUACACGUGUGGCCACUGCGGCCGGCGCUUCAGCCACGCCGGGAACCUGCAGAACCAUAAACGUGUGCACACCGGUGAGCGCCCGUAUGGUUGCCAACAGUGUGGCAAAAAGUUCAGACAGUUGACCCACCUCAAGACGCACCAGAGGAUCCACAGCUACCGCCACCUCAGCUUCUGAGGCGUCUUGCUUGAUUUUAACUCAUUUAACAUCAGGAUUUUAAUUUCAACAUUGAUACAGACUUUUUGAAAAGAUAUUCUUGUAGACAAUGUUGUUAUUAGGUUUAUUUAACAUGAGAAAGGGGUAGGACAAUGACAUCAGAGGAGCCAGCAAAAAUAAGGGCAAUUUACUAUUUAUCGUUAUUUUCACUAUUUAUAAUCCUUUCCGCUGAUGCACAGAUACGGACCUAAGAAAGCUUAAGCUAUGUAUUUUGUUUGUUUCCAAGUCAUCUUGGGGCAUGUCAUAUCAACUUGUGGUUGGCUGUUGUUGGUUAUCAUUGGCUGUUGAAUGUUAUAAUGUUGAAA